GUCCAUCAAAAAGAAAACAACAGAAAAACUUGAAAAACAAAAGCUGUGAAAUUCAAAAGAUUUUUCACAAAAUAGGUACAAUAGAUUAACAUAAAAAUCUUCCAUUGCAUUUUCAUCGAUUAGCAAAGAAAGCCAAACUGCCGUGGACAGAAAAAUCAUAGCAACGAUGGCAUCAACACGAGCUUUCAACGUUCUCGAGCAACGGAAUACCAACGAAAAUCCGCGCAUUGGCAAAACGCCAUUGCUGGGCAAAAAUGCCUCCCGUGGUCCAUUCAAAAGUGCCCUCAAAGAUCUGACCAACAGCUCCUCGUCGCGGGCUAAUUUGAACAGUAAGCAGCUGUCAGAUGGAGCAACUGCCAUCAAAAAACCUCUCCUGCAGAAGUCCGUCAUCGCUUCUUCAGUUUCUCGGAAGAAAUCGACCGAAAGCAAUGCACAAAAACCUGCAGUAGCAACGAAGAAUUUCGCAGCAGCUCCAUUCCCGAUAUUCACACCACUGGACGCCGAGUACAGUUGGGGAAAGGAAGCCUGUUUGCGGGACGAUCUUCUGGAGCAGAUGAUUGAUUUCCAUGGCGUUAGCUACAGGCGGGAAAUCAAGCCUAUGAAACCGCUGAGGAUGGAUCCACUGGAACUGCCAGAACUAGAACUGCCCCGUCCACUGGCGAAGAAGGUGAUUCCAGCGAGACAGGUCAAACCGAUACCGGAUGAAUUACCUCGCAGUUUCCUGUUUGGUCUUCCGGAGGUGGAGAUUCCGGAUUUGGAUUUCAUGUUCUAAUGUUGCCUGCGUGGCUACAUGUGAUGAGAUAAGUAUCAUUUUGCUUUUAUUUUACAAUUGUAGUAUAUGUAAGUUUUUUUUUUUUUCGUAGAAUACUUCCUUUGUUUGUAUUUCUGAUCCGAUUUUGUUUAAUACAAAAUGACUGACUUCUAAACUGUUAAAUAUGGAACCAUUUUAUGUGUUACGUGAAAGAAAGCAUUUCAUUGCCCAAACGAUCUAAUUUCGAUGACCUAAUUUAGCAGCCCAACUCUUUCAAAUGGUUGUAUCCUUGUUCGAUAACCAUGUUUCAGGCUGCAUUUUGUUUAUUUCUGAUUCCUUCUUGGCAUAACUUCAUAAUGAUGAUAACAUUGGGCUAAAAUGAUAUCAUUGCUGAGAUACAGAGACCACGUCCGUCUGACCUAAAGGAUAUUUUUUCGCUUUG